UGUAAAUCAGAUGUAAAUCAAGUACCGUACCGGUAAAUGAUCGGCUAACAUUUGAAGAAGGAUGGUGAAACUUCCUACCCUAAUUGUGUUUGCAAGUUCACAUAACCAAUUUUGCUGUCGGCCUUUAUUAAGAACAACUGCCGCGAUGCCAAAGAAAAAGGUUGCUACUUUUACUAAUGGCAAUGCCAAUGCUGCUGAAUCAAACCCUAUAAUUUUGAACAAAAAUGGAUCAAUAGUUAUCAAUGUACAUGCUAAACCAGGAGCAAGGCAGAAUGCGAUUACAGACAUCUCUCCAGAUGGUGUUGGAAUUCAGGUUGCUGCACCACCAAAAGAAGGAGAGGCAAACACAGAACUGGUUAGCUUUAUAGCAAAGGUACUUGGGCUCAGAAAAGGCAGUGUAUUGCUUGAAAGAGGGUCAAAGUCCAGGCUGAAGGUCAUCAGACUUGAAUCUGAUUCAUUAACAGUAGCAAGAGUGAUGGAAUUACUCACAGCAGAAUCAAACAAUGGAUGAUUACAUUUUAAGCAAUGUUUUGUCCAAUGAAGAUGUAAUGAUGAUAAAGAAGAGCUAGAUGUCAAUUGUCAUUUCUGGACUGAUGAGUGACUGAAGACUGCAUUAACUGUACUAGCUAAACACCUUUGAAAAUGAGGCAAUCAGUUUUUUAUUUUGAGUUGUUGGAGGAAAAUGCAGUGCUGUUAUGGUUGGUACACUUAUAUAAUGCUUAAAACCAACAAGGCCUCUAAGCCCUUCACAUUAUCACUCCUGGUCAUUGGAUCAGGCACAUAUAGGCACAUACUCAACUCCCUGGGGAGAAUUCCAUAAUGUUUGUUGCAGAUCAGUGCAUUUUGAGCCUAAUAGGUACCCACUUGUACUCCUGGGUGGAGAACGACAACCAUAGGGAAAGUGUGCCUAUGACAAAAGUGAAAUGCACAGCGAGGGAUUGAACCUCCUACCUUAAGGUUGAGAAGCAGAACGCAGCUGCUGCGCCAAACAAUUGCAAAGUAUCAGUUUGUUAUUUAUUUAACUCUGUGUUAGCAUUUUCUAAAACACUUUCAGUUUAGUUUUAGGAAAGUCUACAGAUUACAAAUUUGGCUUUCCAUUCAUCAACCUUUCUAUAAUAAUCAUAUUGUUCAAGCAAUUUGGGAUGAUUCAAUACCAUAUAAAUACUUAGGUUUGCCUUAGCAAGACAUUACACAAUUAAGUUUAUUCAGUCCCAUAACCCUGACAUAAAGUUACAAAUAACUGUUACGACUUGCAAAUUGUUUGUUAAAAUUGUUUUCACUGAUGAAUAUUGUAUCAUUAGUUUCAAGGGAGGUUGAAGCAAGUUCUUUAUUGAAUAAAAUAUUGCCAUGGUUGUUGGGUCUUACCAUAUAAAUAUAACAGAAUUAUAUAUAACACAGGUCAGUGAAACAAUAUUUUCAGUACGAUAGAAUUUUGUUACAAGAGCAUAUAUGAGAUUUUUAUAUGUAUUUCUGAUGUCUUGAUGUUUUAUGUCCUGGGCAUUUUCCCUUUGUUUGGACAUUGAGUCUGUGGAACCUGUCCUUUUGCUUCCUUUUUUCAUCUGUUUGUCAUUUAAAAGAAAUUGAAUAAAGAAGAAAAAAAAAAUUAACAAUAAAUCUGAUUUUGAGCCUGAUGAAUGUAGAUGGUAACUGUACUAAUCUGCAACACAAUAAAAUUAAAUUAAAUUAGAACAA